CAUUCUCACUUUUUUCCCGCGAAAAAAGCGUCUAUUUCCCGGGAAAAUUCUGGGGGCUUCUCAUUUCAUCAAAUCGAAGGAAGAAGAAGAAGAAUAAGGGGGAAAGAGAAAAGGGUUUGGUUAGGUUUGAUUAUUAUGGACGAAUCGUUCGCUCCACCUCCUCCAAUGUCCUCUUCCCAGCACAACCAUGUCAAACGAAUGUUAAAUUCCAAUCGCUUCAAAUCACCUUCCAAAACAAUCUACUCCGACCGCUUCAUACCCAGCAGAUCCGCUUCCAAUUUCGCUCUGUUUAACCUAUCGCCGUACACGGAAGACGGUUGUAGCUGCAGCCCCUAUGGCAGUGCGCUGCGGAGUGCCUUGUUUGGACCUUCUACACCCAAUAAAUUCGAAAGCCCUAAUAUAUUUCGUUUCAAAUCGGAGACUCGACAGUCCAUGCACUCUCUUUCUCUCACUCCUUUUACUUCCCAAGAUGUCCUUCUCCCUGGCUAUGACUACAAUCACAAGCCUCUUAAGCGCCCUCGAAAGAUUCCUCCCUCGUCUUUUAAGGUUCUGGAUGCGCCAGCUCUGCAAGAUGAUUUUUAUCUGAAUCUCGUGGAUUGGUCCUCCAGCAAUGUCUUGGCUGUGGCUCUGGAAAACUCUGUUUAUUUGUGGAAUGCUUCCAGCAGUAAGGUAACGAAGCUAUGCGAUUUGGGGGUUGACGACUCCGUUUGUUCAGUUGGCUGGGCUCCGCUUGGCACCUACUUGGCUGUCGGAUCAAACAGUGGAAAAGUCCAGAUUUGGGAUGUAUCUCAAGGCAAGUCUAUAAGAACUAUGGAGGGUCAUCGAUUACGUGUUGGGACCUUGGCCUGGAGUUCAUCUCUUUUGUCUUCUGGUAGCCGGGAUAAAAGCAUUUACCAACGAGACAUACGUGUACAGGAGGAUUUUGUCAGUAAACUGUCUGGGCAUAAAUCAGAGGUUUGUGGACUGAAGUGGUCUUAUGAUAACCGUGAGUUAGCAUCAGGUGGAAAUGACAACAAGCUACUUGUUUGGAAUCAAAACUCCACCCAGCCCAUCCUGAAGUUCUGUGAGCAUACAGCAGCUGUUAAAGCUAUUGCGUGGUCUCCUCACACAAAUGGACUUCUUGCAUCUGGAGGAGGUACUGCAGACCGUAGCAUUCGUUUCUGGAGUACAGCCACAAACUCACAGUUAAACUGCAUCGACACUGGAAGUCAGGUUUGUAAUCUUGUCUGGUCUAAAAAUGUAAAUGAAUUGGUGAGCACGCACGGCUACUCCCAGAAUCAGAUAAUGGUUUGGAAAUAUCCCACCAUGUCAAAGCUGGCAACUCUUACAGGCCAUACUUACAGAGUUCUUUAUCUUUCCAUUUCUCCUGAUGGACAGACUAUUGUCACUGGAGCUGGAGAUGAAACCCUAAGAUUUUGGAAUGUAUUCCCUUCACGGAAAUCACAGAAUACUGAGAGUGAAAUUGGAGCAUCUUCUUUUGGAAGAUCUAUCAUAAGGUGACUUCAACUUGCAUAUAUAUAGCACAAGUGGCUGAAUGAAAUUUCAGAACAGCAAGAAUACCGUAACGGUGGAAAAUUGUAUGUAGAAGACAUCUACUAAUUAUGAAAGCCUUAGGGAGCCAUGAAUUUACAAAUAUGGCUGCCACUGGUGGAAAUCCCUGUCCAUGAAUUACCUUUAGAUUUAUCUGUACAUGUUUGUUGAGGGGAGUUGAAGCCAAGUUUUGUUUUCUCCAUUUUUUGUGUUCUUUCCUGUAAUGCGCCUUGCAUUACAUUGAUAAAUUAAGAAUAGAAUCAUGUUUUCCAUGUAAUGGAACAGCUUUUGUAUAUAAAAGUAUACUUCCCUCGGA